GGUGCUGCCCACGUGGACUGCUGGCCGGCCGCCCCAGCCCCCCCGCGGCAUUCCGUUACACACUUGGUGGCUGCAGGCCCAGCAGGUGGCAGAGGCCUUCAAGCACGAGAAGGCAGCCCAAGGCAUCAGACCAAUGCUGCGCGCUGUGUGAGAGAGAAGUCUCACCCCAACUCUGGGCUGUCAACCGGCAAAGGAUGGAGCUGGAGUGAACAAGGUGGAGGGUGCCGCUGACCGACCGUGAGGGACGCUAGUGAUCUGUGGUCGCUGAGGCUGGGCACGUUCAUGGCUCUCGGGUGAAGUUCCACGGCCAGGAUGAAUUCUAUGGACAGGCACAUCCAGCAGACCAACGACCGACUGCAGUGCAUCAAGCAGCACCUCCAGAACCCCGCCAACUUCCACAAUGCUGCCACGGAGCUGUUGGACUGGUGUGGUGACCCUCGAGCCUUCCAGCGCCCCUUCGAGCAGAGCCUGAUGGGCUGUUUGACGGUGGUCAGUCGGGUUGCAGCCCAGCAAGGCUUUGACCUGGACCUCGGCUACAGGCUGCUGGCUGUGUGUGCUGCCAACCGAGACAAGUUCACGCCCAAGUCUGCCGCACUGCUGUCCUCCUGGUGUGAGGAGCUCGGCCGCCUGCUCCUGCUGCGUCACCAGAAGAGCCGCCAGAGCGACCCCCCGGGGAAGCUCCCCAUGCAGCCCCCCCUCAACUCCAUGAGCUCCAUGAAACCCACCCUGUCGCACAGUGAUGGGUCCUUCCCCUAUGACUCUGUCCCCUGGCAGCAGAACGCCAACCAGCCUCCCGGCUCCCUCUCCGUGGUCACCACGGUGUGGGGAGUGACCAACACAUCCCAGAGUCAGGUCCUCGGGAACCCUAUGGCCAAUGCCAACAACCCCAUGAACCCAGGCGGCAAUCCCAUGGCGUCCGGCAUGGGCACCAGCAACCCCGGCCUCAGCUCCCCACAGUUCGCAGGCCAACAGCAGCAGUUCUCAGCCAAGGCAGGCCCAGCGCAGCCCUACAUCCAGCAAAGCGUGUAUGGGAGGCCCAGCUACCCAGCCAGCGGCGCCUUUGGGGCCAGCUAUCCUGGGGGUCCGAGUGCCCCCGCCGGCAUGGGCAUCCCCCCACACACCAGGCCGCCUGCCGACUUCACGCAGCCUGCAGCAGCAGCCGCGGCGGCAGCAGUAGCAGCAGCAGCAGCCACAGCCACGGCCACGGCCACAGCCACUGUGGCCGCCUUGCAAGAGACGCAGAAUAAGGAUAUGAACCAGUACGGACCGGUCUGUUCCUCUUUCCAGAUGGGUCCCACCCAGGCGUAUAACAGCCAAUUCAUGAACCAGCCCGGCCCGCGGGGUCCUGCAUCCAUGGGGGGCAGCCUGAACCCUGCCAGCAUGGCAGCAGGCAUGACGCCCUCGGGAAUGAGUGGCCCUCCCAUGGGCAUGAACCAGCCCCGGCCGCCAGGCAUCAGCCCCUUUGGCACACAUGGGCAGCGGAUGCCCCAGCAGACCUACCCGGGGCCCCGGCCCCAGUCCCUCCCAAUCCAGAGCAUAAAGAGGCCAUAUCCAGGCGAGCCCAACUAUGGAAACCAGCAAUAUGGACCAAACAGCCAGUUCCCUGCCCAGCCAGGCCAGUACCCCACCCCCAACGCUCCGAGGCCCCUCACCUCCCCCAACUAUCCUGGGCAGAGGAUGCCCAGCCAGCCGAGCACCGGGCAGUACCCGCCCCCCACCGUCAACAUGGGGCAGUAUUACAAGCCAGAGCAGUUUAACGGGCAGAGUAACUCCUUCUCGGGAAACAGCUAUGGCAGCUACAGCCAGGGGCCUGCCAGCAGGCCUCCCAGGCCAGUUCCUGUGGCAAAUUACCCCCACUCACCUGUUCCAGGGAACCCCACGCCCCCCAUGACCCCAGGAAGCAGCAUUCCUGCUUAUCUGUCCCCCAGCCAGGAUGUCAAACCGCCUUUCCCCCCUGACAUUAAGCCAAACAUGAGUGCGUUGCCACCCCCACCCGCCAGCCACAAUGACGAACUGAGACUGACCUUCCCAGUACGGGACGGGGUGGUGCUCGAGCCCUUCCGCCUGGAGCACAACCUGGCCGUGAGCAACCACGUCUUCCACCUGCGACCCACGGUCCACCAGACGCUCAUGUGGAGGUCCGACCUAGAGCUGCAGUUCAAGUGCUACCACCACGAGGACCGGCAGAUGAACACCAACUGGCCGGCCUCUGUGCAGGUCAGUGUCAAUGCCACCCCGCUGACCAUCGAGCGUGGCGACAACAAGACCUCGCACAAGCCCCUGCACCUGAAGCACGUGUGUCAGCCGGGCCGCAACACCAUCCAGAUCACCGUCACGGCGUGCUGUUGUUCCCACCUAUUCGUGCUACAGCUGGUGCACCGGCCGUCUGUGCGCUCUGUGCUCCAGGGCCUCCUCAAGAAGCGUCUGCUGCCUGCCGAGCACUGCAUUACCAAGAUCAAGCGGAAUUUCAGCAGCGUGGCUGCCUCUUCAGGCAACACAGCCCUGAACGGUGAGGACGGCGUGGAACAGACGGCCAUCAAGGUGUCCCUCAAGUGCCCCAUCACCUUCCGGCGCAUCCAGCUGCCCGCGCGUGGCCAUGACUGCAAACACGUCCAGUGCUUUGACCUGGAAUCGUACCUGCAGUUGAACUGUGAGCGAGGGACAUGGAGGUGCCCUGUGUGCAAUAAAACUGCUCUCCUGGAGGGCCUGGAGGUGGACCAGUACAUGUGGGGGAUCCUGAACGCCAUCCAGCACUCCGAGUUCGAAGAGGUGACCAUCGACCCCACGUGCAGCUGGCGGCCAGUCCCCAUCAAGUCAGACCUGCACAUCAAGGACGAUCCUGACGGGGUCCCCUCCAAGCGCUUCAAGACCAUGAGCCCCAGCCAGAUGAUUCUGCCCAAUGUCAUGGAGAUGAUCGCCGCAUUGGGCCCCGGGCCUGCACCCUACCCACUGCCCCCACCCACCGGCGCCAACUCCAGUGACUACAGCAGCCAGGGCAACAACUACCAGGGCCAUGGGAACUUCGACUUCCCCCACGGGAACCCAGGAGGGACGCCUAUGAAUGACUUCAUGCACGGGCCCCCCCAGCUUUCUCACCCUCCAGACAUGCCCAGCAGUAUGGCAGCCCUGGAGAAGCCCCUCAGCCAUCCCCUGCAGGAGAGUAUGCCCCAUGCUGGCAGCUCCGAGCAGCCACACCCCUCCAUGCAGCAGGGCCUGCAUGGCCCGCACCCUGGCGCACAGUCAGGGCCUCCGCUCCACCACAGCGGGGCACCUGCCCAGCCCCCCCGGCCGCCGCCACAGGCCGCCCCCAGCAGCCACCCUCACGGCGACCUGACCUUUAACCCCUCCUCCGCCUUAGAGGGUCAGGCGGGGGCGCAGGGAGCGUCUGACAUGCCGGAGCCUUCGCUGGAUCUCCUCCCAGAACUCACCAACCCCGAUGAGCUCCUGUCCUACUUGGACCCGCCCGACCUGCCCAGCAAUAGCAAUGAUGACCUCCUGUCUCUCUUCGAGAACAACUGAGGCCCUGCAACCCCACGCCCACCCCCUGGGGGAGGGAGCACUGUGACCGGCGCACCGAGCUGGCCCCGACCACACAUCCUUCCUUCCUUCCCCGUGUGCUGACUGCCCAGUUCUUUCUGCGUCUACACCAUGGCCCUGACCCCUUGCCCAGCGCCUCUUCCAAGCAACUGAGCCUGAGCAGAGGCCACAUGCCCCCAGAUAGAGCUGAGCCCUGGCUGGGCUUCGAGGAUCCUUGUGCACUGCCAGCCUCCCAGCACCACAGAAAAGCACAAAACUCCAGGGGACGAGGAACCGCUCUUGCAGCCUGGGGUGCUGCCUGGCCCCCAGAAAUUGGACGCUGAGGUGCCCAGAGAGUGGAGAAAGGAGCCACAGUGGGAGGGGGAACAGGGAGAGGGGGUCCCUUGGUGGCCAGCAGCACCGAGGCUUCUGGACCCAGCCCAGUCAGGGUGGGAUGCAGGACCCUACUGCAGUUACUGUGCCCUGAUGGGGCAGGAGGUGGGCAGCAGUGAGACCAAGAGCUGAAUCUGCUUCAAGCCUCUCCUGCAUCCCAGAGCUCUGCGGCUCUUCAAGGAACGUGCUUGGACUUGGGGGACAGCGAGUGACCGAUCCUACUCUCCCAGACUGUGCUGGGCCCUGCCUCCCCCUCUCUACCCACCUGUCAAGCCAGUGGGCAGUGGGCGGCCGGGGUAUUGUGGAGCACCCACUUUGUCUUCGUGGGCAUCAGCCGCUGUUCGUUCCUGCACAAGGCUGCCCCAGCCCAUUCCCCGCCUCACGGAGACAAGGACCCCCCCCCCCCCUUGAGCUUCCCAUCGGACACUCCUUUUCCCCCUCCCGCCAGCUGGACCAGCCCCCAUGUCCCUUACUUUCCCGCUCCAUCUCCGGGGUCUCCAGGCUCUCUGCAUCCACCUGGUUCAGGCUCUUCUGUGACCCCCGCCCCAGCCACAGUGAUUGUGGAGGGGGUGGGUCAGUUCUGUCUAUCAGGGCAUCUGGGCCGGCUCACUGCUGCCAGAACCAGGGGUCUCCUACAUCUUGUCCAUCUCCCCACCCAGUGGUCUCCAGAACCCCACUUCAACUUCCCAGAGAGCCGCCAACCUCACUCCCUUUUGGUUCCUGUCACCCCAUGUUGAGGUUUGUUGCCAGCGUGGUGUUCAGUCCGCAAACCGAUUAUUUGAAGAAUUGCUUUUGUAAAUAUCUUUGUGAAUAUUUUAGUAUCGUCUUUGAUAAUAUCCAAUGUUUUCACGACCUGGUUAUAGCCUUUGCUGGUGUUUUUAAAAAUAACCUUGACUCAACAACAGAAGCCGAGUCCUUUUUUAAAAAACAAACAAAACAAAAACAGAAAUGUGGCCCGGUUUGUCCGUCUGGGAAGGAAGGACACGGGGCCCAUCUGGGCACCUCCUCACCUUGAACCGCCGUCUGGGAUGCUCUGACCCCCCCACUUGACACCCCCAGGCUUCCAGAGGCCUCGGUGCCUCUGCUUUCCACUCAGCCAUCUGGGGUCUGUGUGGUUCUCAGGUGUGCCCCUGCUCACUCCCCUACACACAGCUUCCCAGUGCCAAGAGCCACCCUGUGCCCACCACUCAGGCUCCUGAUGCCCCCUCUCAGCCCUGGCUGGGUCAGUCCAGGGCUUGCACUGGGAGCAGGGGUACUCUUGUGGGGUGGAGUCAGGACGAAGGCAGGGGGGUCCUAAAUUCAGUCACCUGGGGCAGCAGUGCCCCCUGAUUAUGACAGUCUCAGGUGAAGACACCCCCUCUCCCGAAUGGGGAUGGCUGUGCAGAGCCAUAAGUCACAUCAGCAAGCACAGGAAACCUGACAGGCAUUAGGUCGCGCCUGCCACCCUGAACAGACGCACCGGCCAGCACCACACCUCGGUUUGAAGCUUUACCCACGCACCCUGUUCUGUAUUUGUUUUCAUUCAGAAGAAACGUGUCAUGCUGUCUCCCUCAUGGAAGCCCCAAACGCCCCCACACACGCACCCCCAGGAGCCACACGUCCGUCCAUCCAUCUGUCCAUCUGUCCAUCCCAUCUGCUGGCCCCAGCAGCGCCUGGAAGGGCGUGUACAUAUGUAAAUGAGAAAUAGAGACAUGCUAACAGAUGCAUUCAUUGGCCCUGGAAUGUGUAUUUUUAUUUUACAAAACACAAACAAGACUUGGAACUCCAUCCGAGCAGUGGAAAAACUAGAUCCUGUUUGCUAGCGUUCGUGAGAUCUCUCCACCUCCGUCUUCUGUAAGAUAUUCGGACCCUGUGUGGAAAAGCAAUUUCUUUUUUUUUUCUUUUCCUUUUUUCUUUUUGUUUUUUCUUUUGGUUUUGUUCUUGUUUUUAUUUUACCUACAUGUACUACUUAGCUUCAGUGUGCUAGUCCUACCACCUGUGUAUUUUUUAGGGUGCUAUGGAAAUAAUGAAAAGAAACGGGGAUUUCAGAAGAAAAAUGUAACCAAAUUCAUACUUUGUCUAAUUUUUUGAUAUCAUGGUUGCAGGUGAUCUGCUCACCCCAUAUCCACACCCCCAUAGUGCAGCCCCAAAGUGACCCCCCAAAGAAGCCGCCAUCUUUGUACACCCACGUACAAUUGCAAUCAUUUCAUACUUUAAACUGGUCAGAAACUAAUUGUGAUUAGUCUUGCAAAGCUGUAUGUAGUUAGAUGAUGUGACGACACCUCUAAUAUUUAUCUAAUAAAUAUGUAUUCAGAUGAAACCUGUAUAUUAGGUGUUCAUGUGGUUAUUUUGUAUUUAAAGAUCAAAUUAUUUGACUAUUGCUAGACAUUUCUAUACUCUGUUGUAACACUGAGGAAUCUCAUUUGCCCGUGUUAAUUUUUUUCUAAAUAAAUGGACAAAAAUGAA